ACGGAGCAGGGUAUUGCAGAGACCCAAGAUGAAGCCGCUGGCCGACAAAGAACGGCUUAAACAAGAUUCCGAGUCUGGAACUGGUGUUGGUGUGGCCGUAAGUAUGUGUGUGCCCGUGCGUGUUUAUGUGCCAUGUUUAAGCCAGCCAAGAGCGAGUUUGUUGGCCCGAUGGCGGCUUUGGAAUUUUCACAACGUCAGAAUACCGAGAAAGACGCUGCGCAUUCGCUGUCCCAAUCACGGCUACAGUCGGAGAGAUUUAGGGAUUAAAUUUACCUUACAUUCGCUGUCCCAGUCACAGCUAAGGUCGAAGACAUUUUGGGACUACACUCGGUGGCUCGAGGUGGCCCGCUGAUACAGAUUAAAAAGUGAAACCUGCGCUGAGCCCGAG